AUGCAUAUGCAAUGUAGACGGUUUGACCUUGCACUUGCUCAGUUUGACCAAAUGUCCGAUCGAGAUAUAGUUACAUGGAAUUCAAUGAUUUCAGGAUACAAUCAACACGGUUUUGACACCGAAUCUCUUCAAAUGUUCUCAAAUAUGUUAAAGAUCAAGAAUCCAACACUCAAGCCAGAUAAAUACACGUUAGCAAGCGUUCUUUCCGCAUCUACAAAUAUUAACAACUUAAAGUUAGGGAAACAAAUCCAUGGCCACAUUAUCAGAACCGAAUUCGAUCUAUCUGGAGCUGUUGGAAACGCUUUGAUUUCAAUGUACUCUAAACUUGGUGACAUCAAAACAGCUCAAAAGAUUGUAGAAAAAUAUAAAACAUCAAACGAAAACAACAUAAUCGCAUUCACAUCUCUGUUAGAUGGAUACAUCAAAAAAGGCGAAAUGGGGCCCGCAAGAAAAAUAUUCGAUUCAUUAACCGAUCCUGAUGUGGUAGCAUGGACAGCCAUGAUUGUAGGUUACAUGCAAAACGGGUUCAACAAUGAAGCAAUCGAUCUUUUUAGAUCAAUGAUCAAAUUAGGCCCACAACCUAAUAGCUACACUCUAGCAGCUAUCUUGAGUGUAAGUUCGAGUCUUGCUUCUUUAAACCAUGGGAAACAAAUUCACGCAAAAGCUAUAAAAACAGAAGUUGCAUUAUCGGUUUCUGUAAGUAAUGCUUUGAUCAACAUGUAUGCGAAAUCGGGAAGUAUUGGGAACGCGAAACGUGUGUUUGAAAUGAUAAGUGGUUUAAAAGAUAAUAUCUCAUGGACUUCCAUGGUUAUUUCUUUAGCUCAACAUGGCUAUGGAGAAGAAUCUUUGAAACUAUUUGAGAAAAUGUUGGAUUUUGAUAUAAAACCGGAUCAUAUAACUUAUGUUGGAGUGAUUUCGGCUUGUACCCAUAUGGGUUUAGUGGAAAGAGGACGCGGGUAUUUUAAAAUGAUGCAAGAAAGACAUGGGAUUGAACCGACUCAUAGUCAUUACGCGUGUAUGGUUGACUUGUUGGGACGUGCGGGGAAGCUUCUAGAAGCUUAUGAUGUCAUCAAGAACAUGCCGAUUGAAGCGGAUGUUAUCGCGUGGGGUUCGCUUUUGUCUUCAAGUUUUGUUCAUAAAAAUAUGGAUGUUGCUAAAAUUGCAGCGGAGCGGGUCCUACUGAUGGAUCCGGAUAACAGUGGGGCCUACUCGGCGUUAGCCAAUGUGUACUCGGUUCAUGGGGAAUGGGAGGAAUCUGCUAAGAUACGAAGGUGGAUGAAGUUUAAGAAAGUUAAGAAAGAUCAAGGGUUGAGUUGGGUUUCAAUAAGGGAUCAGGUUCAUGUUUUUGGAGCUGAAGAUGGUGUUCAUCCUGAAAGGGAUGGGAUUUAUGAGAUGAUGGGGGAGAUUUGGAAGGGGAUCAAGAAAUUAGGGUUUGUACCCAAAACUGAAGUGGUUUUGCAUGAUCUUGAUGAAGAGGUGAAAGAGGAGAUUCUUAUGCAUCAUAGUGAAAAGCUUGCUAUUGCUUUUGCGUUAAUGAAGACUCCUAAGAAUAGUAGUUUGACGAUUAUGAAGAAUUUGAGGGGUGUGGAGGUUCAAUUCCACCCGAUAAAGUCUCAGAAAAUUUCAUCAACGGGACUAAAAAGAAUGGUAAAAGCCAUUAGGGUCUACGAGCUUGGUGGCCCUGAGGUACUAAAAUGGGAAGAUAUCGAAAUUGGGGAUCCUAAAGAAGGAGAGAUCAGAGUGAAGAACAUGGCCAUCGGUGUGAACUUCAUUGAUAUAUAUUACCGGACCGGAGUUUAUAAGGUGCCUGAAAUUCCUUAUACACCAGGAGUGGAGGCAGCAGGUUUGGUGACAGGGGUGGGUUCUGGAGUAAACAAUUUGAAAAUCGGAGAUGUUGUUUAUCAUAAUUCAAUGGGAACCUACACCGAGGAGCAGAUUGUUUUGGCUGAAAAAGCGUUUCUCUUACCUCUCAUCGAUCCUUUAGUCGCCGCCUCUGCCAUGGUCAAAGGUCUAACUGCUCGGUUCCUAGUCCGAACAUGGUUCAAGGUAGAACAAGGACACACGGUGCUUGUCCAUGCAGCAGCAGGUGGGGUCGGAUCUUUGUUAUGCCAGUGGGCAAAUAUGUUGGGUGCCAUUGUUAUCGGAACUGUGUCAACCAAGGAGAAGGCUUUGCAAGCAAAAGAAGACGGAUGUCAUCAUGUUAUUCUCUACAAAGAAGAGGAUUUUGUUACCCGUGUUAAUGAGAUAACAUCCGGACAAGGAGUUGAAGUUGUCUUCGAUUCCGUAGGGAAAGACACUUUUCAGGGAUCAUUGGCAUGUUUGAAAGCUCGUGGAUAUAUGAUGAGUUAUGGUCAAUCUUCCGGGACGCCUGACCCUGUUCCUUUAUCUGCAUUGGCUGCAAAAUCCCUGUUUUUGACGAGACCUUCUCUGAGGACAUCUAACAUUUCUAAGGAGGAGAUGCGUGAAGCCAUUGGAGAUGUAGUUAGUAAGGUGGGGUCGGGUGCCUUGAGGGUCCGUGUAAAUCAUACGUACCCAUUGUCACAGGCUGCUCAAGCGCAUGCUGACAUGGCAGCUCGGAAAACUUCUGGCUCCAUUGUGUUGAUACCUGAUGGAUCAGGGCACUGAGGUUUGCUACAUUUUAGUCCUGUUUUUGCUUGGUUUGCAUGAAAGAAAGAAUUGAUGCAAGUUAUUAGACAUUAGUAAUGGUGCAAUAUAUAUAUACUUGUACUUUUACAUAAAUAAUAAUCUGUAAAAAUUAAUUUUCUUUUUUACUUCUUCUAUUCUCAUGUAUUGUUGCAUCUGGAAUCCUGAUUCCGGAUUUACAUUGUUAUUUGACUUGAAAGGACACGCCCAUCUUUGCAUGCUAAGAAUGAAACCCAGGUUAAUUUUUACUUUCCACAAUAUAUUGUUUGGCCCUUUUAGGUUAUCUGCUAUUGUGUGAUGUAUCGAAAGGGCAUCCACGAUACAUUGAACUUCAUAGAGUGUAAUGGUUUGUCG